GUUGAAUUUUCCUAUCCUCCCCUAAAGCCUGCAGAAGGACAUGACAGCCACAGUUUGCCAGAGGAAUGGAAGUACUUGCCAUUUCUCGCCUUACCAGACGGGGCUCACAACUAUCAGGAAGAUACCGUGUUUUUCCAUUUGCCACCGAGGUGUGGGGAUCGAACCACGGUCUAUGGUGUCUCUUGCUACAGGCAGAUUGAAGCAAAGGCAUUAAAAGUACGGCAAGCAGAUGUCACCCGAGAAACUGUACAGAAGAGUGUCUGUGUUCUCAGUCAGCUGCCUUUGUAUGGAUUACUUCAGGCCAAGCUGCAGCUCAUUACACACGCGUACUUCGAAGAAAAAGACUUCUCACAGAUUUCAAUUCUUAAGGAACUUUAUGAUCACAUGAAUAGUUCCCUGGGCAAUACUUCUCUAGAAGGGUCACAGGUUUAUCUUGGUCUGUCACCUCGAGAUCUUGUUCUCCACUUCAGACACAAGGUGUUGAUCCUUUUUAAACUGAUUCUUCUAGAGAAAAAGGUGCUAUUUUAUAUUUCUCCAGUAAAUAGGUUGGUGGGAGCACUGAUGACUGUCCUAAAUCACUUUCCAGGGAUGAUUGAACAUGGUCUUACUGACUGCUCACACUAUAGACCAAGAAAGAGCAUAUCAGAGGAUGCUGGCUUGCAGGAAAAUACACCACAUUUAGAUGACUCUGUUUCUGCUGCUGAUACUUCAGAUACAACCUUAGGAAUGGGCAAGGGAGGCAAGAAGGUGACAGGAAACCAUUCAGUGGAAGGUCAGAAAGCAAGCGUGCCUUUCUGCCCAUCAGAGAAGACUUGCAAUGGAGCUCAGUCCUCCAACAGUGCUGUGCAGCGCUUGAAAGUUCCAUCCCGCGCUUCUCCAGCAUCCUCUGAAAGUGACUGGGAGACCUUGGAUCCGAGCAUUUUGGAAGAGUCUAACCUGAAAGAAGGAGAACGUGACAAUACAGCAUCAGAACAGGCCGAAAAUCUUCCGAGCUCAGAAAGCCUUCCAAUCACUGUGCAGCCCCAGGCAAAUACAGGACACGCGGUGCUUGUUCCAGGGCUGAUCUCUGGGUUGGAAGAGGACCAGUAUGGUAUGCCCUUGGCUAUUUUUACAAAGGGGUACCUCUGUUUGCCCUACAUGGCACUGCAGCAGCAUCACCUCCUGUCGGAUGUAACCGUGCGCGGCUUUGUGGCGGGGGCCACCAAUAUCCUGUUCCGUCAGCAGAAGCAUCUGAGCGAUGCAAUUGUGGAAAUAGAAGAUGCUCAUGUACAAAUCCAUGAUCCAGAACUCCGUAAGAUCCUGAACCCAACAACUGCUGACCUGAGAUUUGCAGAUUACUUGGUGAAGCACGUAACUGAGAACAGAGACGACGUUUUCCUCGACGGCACUGGAUGGGAAGGAGGUGAUGAGUGGAUCAGGGCUCAGUUCAGUGCUUAUCUUCAUGCACUGCUUGCUGCUGUGCUGCAACCAGACAACGAAAAGACUUUGUCAGACUUUGGAACGGCGUUUGUAGCAGCCUGGAAAAACACCCACAACUACAGAGUAUGGAAUAGCAACAAGCAUCCAGCCCUUGCAGAGGUAAAUUCUAGCCACCCAUUUCAAGGACAGUACUCUGUGUCAGACGUGAAGUUACGAUUGUCACACUCUGUGCAAAACAGUGAACGGGGAAAGAAGAUUGGGAAUGUGAUGGUUUCUACUAGCCGAAAUGUUGUACAAACAGGAAAAGCUGUAGGCCAGUCAGUUGGAGGAGCCUUCACAAGUGCGAAAUCAGCUGUGUCAUCCUGGUUUUCCACUUUUACACAGUCAACCCAAAACCUCGGGGAUUGAACGAUGGUUUUCCACGAUGCUGCUGAAUACUUCAGGUGCAAUCCUUCCUCUGAGCUGUAGAAAGACUGCUCCGAAACACAGGAGCGGAGAUUGACUAUCCAGGACCAAAACAAGGUAUAUGUUGCUUGCAAGCAGACAUGGAAUGUUAUUAUUCAGCUUCUCUAGAAGUAUAGAAGAAUGGUGAGUGUCUCCAUGCAAUGGGAUGGCAUUUCCAAUAUACUGGUUGUAUUGAAAAUGACUACUUUUUCUUUCAAACUGAGCCUUUAUAAAGACAUUAGCAAACAGGGCUUGUGGCAAGCCAAAUGUGUUUGACUUUAGAUUUGUACAUUUUCUUGGAUGUUGAAAAUAUUUAUGUAAACUACUUAUAUUUUUCAAUCCAAAUAGCCAAAUGUUGGUGAAUUCUUGUUAGAAAUAAGCAGAGUAUAAAUACUGAUUCCUCUUUAGGGUUGGACUCAA